AUGGAAGACCAGGCUCCUGGUGCGUUUGGGAGGCUAUACGAUGUCUAUACAGAGCUCGGAACGCGUGAGCCUUCCACUCUGGAGCAAGCGCAAGCUGUCAUCGAGUACAUACGGACAGAAAAAGGGUACCUAGACAAGGAUAUCUUGCGUGAGCUUGACACAAUCUCCCCAAGAAAUCGAGAGAGACUUCUCAGGAUCGUACAGCUCAAGCAAGAAUCUGAGGCGGCAUACACCACAAGUAUCUCAGAGCAACUGUACUCGUCCAAGUACCGCUUCUUAAACGAAUUAGUUCAGAAUGCGGAUGACUCUUCAUACCGCACCGCAGAGAAGGGUGGAGUGUCGCCGUACUUGCGAUUCGAGAUCACUCCAGACGUGUUCAUCGUUGAAACAAACGAAGACGGCUUCACGAGGGCAAACAUCGAGGCCAUCUGUGCGACCGGGAAGAGCUCGAAAAAAGCUUCCCAGAACGACGAUCACAUUGGUGAAAAAGGCUUCGGUUUCAAAUCAGUCUUCUCUAUUGCUGAAGAAGUUCACAUCCAGUCAGGGCUUUGGUCCUUUGGAUUCAAGCAUUGCAAAGGGCAGCGCGGGUUAGGCAUGGUCACACCUUUGGACAUUCCGCCAGAGGUUCUGCCCGGUGAUGUAACGACAAGAAUAACGCUACGAUACUCCAGCCAAGCUAAAGACCAGUAUGAGAGAUUGACUGCGUCGGUCAGGCAUCUACCCCAUACCAUGAUCAUGUUCAUCCAACGAAUCCGAACAUUCCACGUCGCCAUUACUGACGGCCAAUGCGAGAGGUGGUCUACAAGCAAAGAAUAUGACUCGUCAAAGUCACGAUGUACUAUCACCAAAGUUCACAGAAAGAGCGACGCAAUGGACGCGAAAACGUGGACGUUUCUGCUGUUCAGCAGCAUCGAGAGAUACUUACCGGCAGAUGAGCGUCGCAAGAACCGCACAGAAGCGAAAAUCGAGCUUGCUUUUCCCAUCUAUUUAGUCGAAGACAAAGAGGAACCCGAAGUAUUAAAUAUGGGCCAGCACGUCUUUGCCUACCUGCCGUUACAGAGACUGUCACAAAUGAAGUUCCUCAUCCAAUCAGACUUUAUCACAGCAGCGAACCGGGAGACUGUGGCCGACUGUCCUUGGAACGACGCGAUUUAUGAAGGUGUCGCGCAACUCUUUGUCAGCGCAGUCACUGGAACCUUUGCGCAACCGGACCAUCCAUUGCGGCACUCCUGGCUUGAAUACCUGCCUAUGCAAUCGAUGGACUUUCCAUGGAAUCAGCUGACUUCUUCGAUCAAGAAGUCAAUCACGGAGUCACUCAGGUUGAAACCUGUCAUCCAAUCCCGAGAGCAGAGACAAUUCAAGGUGCCUUCUCAAUUCCGAAAUUUGGUCUACUCCACCAUGCACAAUAAUGAGCCUCUUCUGCCUGACCUAGCAGACGAGUUAUACAUGUCCAGUGGAUACGCAGAUAAACAUAGGAAUUGUUUCCAUACACUGGGUGUUAAAAAUGUGACCUGGGAAGACGUCAUCCGCUUGCUUAAAGCUGACGUUGUGAGAUUGUCAUCGAGGCUUAAGAGCAAGCCAGCAACAGACCCGUGGCAUGAAACCUUUUCCGACCUUAUGAUUCAGCCCUUCGUAAAUCCUUCUUUAUGGCACCUUCAGGAUCAAAUCAAGCCGCUGGCACUGCUUCCAUUGUCAGGCUCACGCUCGUGGACCGGUGCCCCUGGAGUGAGUGUGGGUGGCCCUAGGAAUGUUUAUUUCGCAUGCGUUGGCACAACGCCAAUACCGAAGCCCCUGCCGUUGAGUGUUCUUGACACAGUCGCGUCUACCAAUCCGAAGCGUAGAGCAUUUGCUAAGGCGAUGGGAGUCGAGGAAUGCUCCAAAACCACCGUGUUUGCAGAAAUUUGUAAGCGACAUUGCGAGACAUUCUCAACACCCGUUAUCGAAAAUGAUCAGUUCGUAUUCCUGUACCGCCAGCAAUGCAACGUCGAUGACAUCAGGGGAUGGGUGAGAGUACCCUUGACCGCGGGUGGUACAGCGAGAGCCAAAGACACCAAUCUUUAUUUCGCUUCGAGUGGGGAAUUCGACAUGUUCAAGCUUCUUCCGAAGCAAAAUGCAACUGCAAAAUUCUUGGCAUCAUCUCUAUUCGAUGCGCAGUCGCCGAGUACAUUAGUCAACCACGAGGACUGGGAGACGUGGCUCGCUCGUGCGACAGGCGCAAGGUACUUCCCACCGCUAUCGAAUACAGAGACUAGGGGUGGUGGCCUGUUCGGCAGCUUUUGUCGAGUCCUUUCACCGGAAGUGAGAGACGUUGCCAAAUACAAACCACGAAAGUUUCUGGGGAUGCUCAAAGCCCAUUGGAACGUGUACCAACAAGAGUCUCACUACGUCGAAGAGGAGUUGAAAAAGUGCAAGGUGCACUGCAGAUCCGGCAAUCUGGUUCCACUGCAUACCGCAUACCUACCAACGAAAGAGGUCAUUGAGACGAUCAACGAUCUCGGUAUCUCUGGAAGCACUAUACCUCUGCUCAGCGUGUCUGAUAGCGCAUUGGAUGGAUUGGCCUACCAAUCCUGGAGGUUCUUGGAAGAAUUCGGCGUCAGCCCAAAGCCAGACAUGGAGUUCUACGUGCUAGCUUUGCAAGCAAUCGCUUUAGGUCCUGCCCAGACUGACUCCAGCACCGUUACGCGGAUCUACACGCGCAUGGCUGAGAUGGCUACGGUACAACAUCAUGAGAAACUUCGCAAAGUAUUCGAUGACACUGGUCGUCCGACAAUCUGGGAUAAGCAUUGCAGCGCAUGGACAAUCCGCAGUAAGUGCAUGACAGAUGGUCCAGACUUCAUCACCUUCAAAUCCGUCUUGCAACGCUCGUAUCGAGAUAAUAGCCUCGUGCACGGGUUUUUCACGACGGUGCUUGGCAUCAGCACGUGGACGAUGCACGAUGUUAUUCGAGAGCUCGAAACGCGACAGUCUCGCAACCAUAUCCCCGCGAGAACUUCUGAAGCACAGGACAUCUACGAAUUCAUGCUUGAAAAAGCUGGCAGUGACACUGAAUGGCAAUUGAUCAAGGCAGCAUUCUCAGAGAAGAGGCUUGUGCUCGGCGAAAAUGGCGCCUGGCACGCCUUGGGCACCUGCCUUUGGAGAAGUCCUUUCGCGCUUGCCGACUUCCAAGAUCUCUCAACGAUGUACCCCAACCUGGAAACAUUCUUCGUCCGCAAGCUGGGCGUCAAAAAAGCUAGCCCAAGCAUGCUUAUCAACGAGGUCAAGCGCAUGGCAGAAGAGCCGCAACCGCGCGUUCAAGAUAUUCGCGCUCGCUUGGUUGAGAUUGGUACGAUGCUUACCAAGAUAUCAGUUGAUGACAGUGUGUCUCGUGCCUUGGAAAAUCUCAAAACAGUCGCCUUUUUGCCAAAGAAGCAGAGUGGAAGACCUUCGGUGCUGGUAGGGGUGACAGCAGAUUUUGCAAUUUCCGAUCAUGCGCGAUACGGCGAGGCAUUUGCCGCGGAGGACAUCCUGCUUGACUUCCAGAUACACGAGGCGCAGAUCAUGCAUACUAUGUUUCGACAUUUGGGCCUGACUCACCGGUAUCUCUCGACAGGAGUCAAGGAGGUAUCAGUAGUUGGAGAUGGUGCAACCGAAGACGAAGAGCUGUCAAGGCAAUUGCAGUCAAAAGCAUACGGCUUAUACUGUUGCGCUGCAAAGUACAAAAGCAAUCAAGCCCUACAAGGACAACGCUUACUGUAUACACAACUGUGUGCAGUGGUCGUAUCCACGUCCAGCGAUAUAUCAACCAAUUUGGUAAUUUCUCUACUCUCUGAGUCGAUCAGCGUCCGAAGCGACAGAUCAUUUAUUAACCAUAAAGUCCUUGGCGAAAAAAUCACAAUUUAUGUGCCGGAAGAUCAACGCGAGCGCCGGUCUUGCUAUCGAUCGCAGCUACCAAAAUUACUGGCAAGCAUAUUGGGCGUUGGUGAAGCUGCUACUUUUGACAUUUCUUGUGUCGUCUCAGCUAGCCCGCGGGAUCUCGAGGAUAUUCUCGAGGAGCAGGAUAUCCCGCAGGUUGAGUGGAUUCCAAAGCCAGUAUCUGCGAUACCGGAGAAACCGGAGGAGGUUGAGCAACCGGGCACUACUAUCGCACUGGCCGACAUUUGCGAAGUGCAAGCUAUACCGGUCGCAUUUGACGUCAUUACACCCAAUGCGUCGCAUUCACGCCAGGGAUAUGCACGAGUGAGUGCUAGUCCGCCUGUAAUCGCUCCGAACGUGAAGCUACCAUACUUCCCUGAAUUGGUCGAGCAGGUUGUCAGGGUUGCUCGACGUGUCGGCCACAGAUACAGGAAUCCGAACGGUCCGGCCACCCAAGCUGGAGAUGACAACCAACUGCUUCGUUACUUCGACCAUCUGACCACUUUCGGUAGCCGAGAGACCGACUCCUCCCAUAACCGAAAAAUCGGCGCUGUUGGAGAAGGCUAUGUCUUUACCCUCCUCUCAACCCUCAACCUCCCUAAUUUCAACGAAUCCAAUUGGCCGAGCACAAUACGAAGCGAACUUACAGGCCGUUUCGGUUUUGAAGAUCUGACAGCAUGGCAUGGACACGAGACUUCUGAUCUCGUGUACAAGGAUGAUACUGGUGCUUUUACUGAAUACCUGCGCAAUAACUGCGUAGGCGGCUUUUCGCCCUGGAUUUUCGAAACACGAAAUAUGCAAACGUCGCCAGUUGAGUACUACCUUGAAGUCAAAAGCACAACAGGUCGAUGUGGAACGAGGUUCUAUAUGAGCGGGAAGCAAUACGAAAGGAUGGAGAGUAUGGCCUUGGAUUUGCCCAAAUCUAGGAAUAAGGUAUAUGUCAUCUUGCGCGUGUACGACAUGUUAACGCCGGAUGUCGGGUUGGAAAUCUUUGUGGAUCCGUUGAGAUUCAAGGGCACGAAGUUGGACUUCGAGACGGAACAGUGGUAUGUAAGUACGAAAUGA